AUGGGGGCCGUUGAUGUUGCCUGUUUUGCCGUUCUCAUGAUUGAAGACAACAACAUGCAAUCAAUUCAAGUUGCUUGGGUUGAAGGAUGUGAUCAACUGGAGGUGCCGAUUACCGCAGCUGCCGUCAAGUACCAGGUAACACAACAUCGACUUCAGCAAGGAUCUCAACAAGGACAACAAACCCAUCCUGACAGCAACACCCCUCAACCUCAGGCAUUUUCACAGGAGGCUUUUUUUGAUGCGCUUGUGGAAUGGAUUGUAGCAGAUGACCAAUCUCUGAACGUAAUCGAUAAUCCGCAACUCCGCCAAAUCUUUCUCAUGCUUCGAGAAGAUCUACGCGACUCUGAUAUACCCCAUGGCUCGACCAUUUGCGCUUGGAUCAUUGAGGUUUGGGAGGACCACCUGGAUGGCCUAGAGAAGGAAAUGAAGGCAUUCCUCCAUGUCCUCGAACGAAUCAAAAUUACCUUGAAGAUCGGCUGGGUCACCCUUGACAACACAUCAAACAACGAUACAUUUAUGAUCACGCUUGCCGCAGAGCUCCGGGCACUGUGCAUUCCUUUCGAUGCCGUGAAACACAGGAUCUGUAGAUGUGUAUGGAAAAUCCAAAACACACCAAAUACAAAACCUUCGGAAAUGGUUAGCGUUGCUUCGAGUGGCUCUGAAAGACACGAGACGGAGUUCUCUGGGCUUCUCAAAACAGGAAAGGUGUAUGGGGAGUAUGAGGAUGUUAGGGACAAUGACGAUGGCAACGAGUAUAACGAAGUGCUGAAACGAUUAUCAGCUGGAACGAGAUGCGAAUCGAGGGGUGAAGUACAACUUGUUAUUUCGAAGUACUAUGAUACUACAAAUACAUGA